AAAUUAGGGUUUUGUUGCAGAGCCGUAUUUGUAUCGCUGAAAGCAAACCCUAGCCGAGCAGAUCUCUCUCUCUCUCUCUCGCCUCACUCAGUUGUGCGGUGGCCUUGUCUCAGAAAUGGCCAAGUCGAAGAAUCACACGGCGCAUAACCAGUCGGCGAAAGCCCAUAAGAAUGGAAUCAAGAAGCCAAGGAGACACCGUCACACCCCAACCAGAGGAAUGGACCCUAAGUUCCUGAGGAACCAGAGGUACGCAAGGAAGCACAACGUUAAGGGCGGCGAGAAUGCUAGCGCUGAGGAAUAAGCUUCUUUGUUUUUUUAUAUUAUCUGUGAGGCAUUUCUAAGUUUUUAUGAAUUUUGAGACUUUUUCUUAGACAAAGGAACCAAUUCACUUUCCCCUUUUGAAUAUGUUUACUCUAUGUUGGUUAAGUUUGUGUACUCUCUCUCAUAUCCUGGCCUUAAUUUUGAUUUCAUCAGUGUUUUCUAUU